AUGAAAACACAGAAUCUCACAAAUUUCUCUGAAUUCCAUCUCCUGGGCUUCUCAGAAGACCCAAACCUGCAGCUCAUCGUCUUUGGACUGUUUCUGUCCAUGUACCUGGUCACAGUGCUCGGGAACCUGCUCAUCAUCCUGGCUGUCAUCUCUGACUCUCACCUCCACACCCCCAUGUACUUCUUCCUCUCCAACCUGUCCUUCACUGACAUCUGCUUCAUCUCCACCACAGUCCCAAAGAUGAUUGUGGACAUCCUAACUCAGAACAGAGUCAUCUCCUAUGAGGACUGCCUGACACAGAUGUCUUUCUAUGUUUUAUUUGGAUGUAUGGAUUACAUGCUCCUGACUGUGAUGGGUUAUGACCGGUUUGUGGCAAUCUGUUACCCGCUACAUUACCCCACCAUUAUGAACCCUUCCUCCUCUGCCUCCUUACUCUUGGUGUCUUUCUUAGUUAGUGUUUUGGACUCACAGACACACAACAUGAUUGCCUUACAAUUUACCUGCUUCAAGGAUGUGGAAAUUGCUAAUUUCUUCUGUGAGCCUUCUCAAAUCUUUAACCAUAACUGUUCAGAUCCCUUUACCAAUACUAUAUUAAUGUAUUUAUUUAUUUUUCUAUUUGCUUUCUUUCCUAUCUCAUGGAAUCUUUACUCUUACUAUAAAAUUAUUUCUUCCAUUCUGAAAGUUCCAUCAUCAGGUGGAAGGCAUAAAGCCUUCUCUACCUGUUGGUCUCACCUGUCAGUUGUUUGCUUAUUUUAUGGAACAGGCAUUGGAGUGUAUUUGGGUUCAGCUGUGUUACAAUCUCCGGGGAAGGGUAUGGUGGCCUCACUGAUGUACACUGUGGUCACUCCUAUGUUGAAUCCCUUUAUCUACAGCCUGCGGAACAGGGACAUGCAUAGUGCCCUGAAGAGACUCUACAGAAUAACAGUCUGA